AUGUUUCCUUGGCAAUUUCUCACAUCCCCCGCUGGGAAAUGGCUGGGAUUUGUAACAGCCAUUUGGGUUCAAGCAAUCAGCGGCAACAAUUACACAUUUUCCAACUAUUCUCAUGCUCUGAAAUCUCUCAUGGCACUUACCCAGCUUCAGCUUAACAACUUAUCUGUGGCUAAAGAUGUUGGCAAGGCCUUUGGGCUCUUAUCUGGCCUAGCUUCCGAUCGUUGGCCGACCUCCAUUAUUCUCAUUUUUGGAGCAGUGGAAGGGCUCAUAGGAUAUGGAGUUCAAUGGCUGGUUGUUAGCCAGAGAAUCAGUCCUCUUCCAUACUGGCAGAUGUGCAUAUUUAUGUGCAUGGGCGGCAACAGCACAACAUGGAUGAACACAGCAGUGCUAGUGACCUGCAUGAGAAAUUUCGCAAAAAACCGCGGCCCGGUUUCAGGCAUCCUUAAAGGGUAUGUAGGGUUAAGCACAGCAAUCUUCACAGACUUAUGCACUGCUCUAUUCUCCUCCAACCCCUCCAAAUUUCUUCUUAUGCUUGCUAUAGUCCCUGCCAUUGUUUGCCUCACUGCUGUCCUGUUCCUCAAGGAAACCGAACCGGCUUCUACGCCAUCAGAGCAGAAACAAGAAGCAGAGUUCUUCCAUGCCUUUGAUGUCAUUGCCAUUGCUGUAGCUGUCUAUCUCUUGGCAUUUGACAUCACUGGAACUCAUGGUCAUGUUCUCUCUUUGGCAUUUGUCAUAGGACUUGCUGUCCUUCUAGCUAUGCCCUUGGGUGUACCUUUGUACACUUUAUUUUACACACCCAGCGGCACCGAACCCAGUUGCCAUAAUGAUGAUAUAGAACAUCAAAUCAAGGAACCAUUGCUUGCUAAAAUAGGAGGGACAAUUGAGAAGCCACCAGAGAUACAGAAUUCAAAUGAAGGCAUUAAUUUGAGAGAUGUUGUAGGAAAGCGACAGCCAUUGAUUGGGGAGGACCAUACCAUUAUUGAAAUGAUGGGGCUGGCACUUGGCUACCAUGAUGUCUCCAUUUUCGUGUCACUUACUAGCAUUUGGGGUUUCUUUGGCCGCAUAGUCUCUGGCCUGGCCUCGGAAUAUUACAUUGGAUUAAUACUCAAUACUAAACACUUUUUCCUCACUCGUGUAGACAGGAAAUGUGGCACCCCUAGGCCUCUGUGGAAUGCAGCUGCUGAGGUUCUAAUGGCACUUGGGUUCAUAGCCAUGGCUUCAGCCUUGCCUGGAUCUUUCUACAUUGGUUCAAUUUUGGUGGGCAUGGGCUACGGGGUGCUUCUCACCAUAACAGUUCCAGUUUCCUCAGAGCUAUUUGGUCUCAAAUACUAUGGACUUUUGUACAACAUUCUCAUCCUCAACCUUCCUUUGGGCUCCUUCCUCUUCUCUGGCUUACUUGCUGGUCUUCUAUACGAUGCCCAAGCCACUAGCACCAGUGGCGGUGGGACCACCUGUGUUGGGCCCCACUGUUACAUGCUUGUGUUUGUGAUCAUGGCAAUUGCUUGCAUGCUCGGGCUUGCACUGGAUAUGCUGUUGGCAUUUAGAACAAAGAACGUUUAUGCCAAGAUUUAUGAGAGCAAAAACCACACCACGACCACAUAG